GUAAGUAUUAAGAUUAAGUACGAUAAAUUCCUUCCUUUUUUAACAAGUAUAAAAUAAACUCUUAAGUAACUGCGCCACAAAUAAACAAGGUACAAUCGUUCGAAAUUUUUAUUCGACGAACAAUUUGUGGAGUUGUGGAAUAUUUGUUCCGUAAACAAUUGUCACUCUUUCACUUUCAGUUUUCUUAAUUAGGAAAUUCCAUUUUUCAUUAUAAUAUCUUUUUAAAUGAAGAAAUAAUUUUUUUUUCCUUUUUUUUUAAAAAAAAAAUACUCUUUCGUUGUUUUUUUUUUUUUUAAAAAAAAACAGAAAACGUCGUAAACAUAAACUAAUAAAUAAAUAAAUAAUCACAAUGUCAAAUAACAAUAAUAAUAAUAAGACCGACCUAUCAAUUACUACCACCACCAAAGACAUCAGUCACACCACUACUACUAUUAUUAUUAAUUCAAAGGAUGAAAUUUUCUUAAAAAAAAUUUUAAAAGAUUUUCAUAAUAAAAUUAUUAAAACAGAAGAUUUUAAUAAUUUUGAAAAAUUUUUUGUUGAAUGGAUGAAACUUAAAUUUGAAAUUAAUGAAAAGGAUCCAAAAAAAUUUUUUGAUUUAAUGAAAGAUUUGAAAUUUUAUUAUGAUAAUAAUAAUAAUAAUAAAAAUAAUAAUAAUAAUUUUAUUUGGUUUACAAGUUUAAUGGGAUUCUUUUAUCAAUUUGGUAUAGGUUGUAUGAUGAAUGAAAAAUCUGCUUUGGAUUUAUAUUUUUUAUCCGUUAAUAAAAAAAAUCAUAAUGAUGAUGAUGACUAUGACGAUGACGAUGACGAUGACGAAAUACCUUCACUUACUUUAAAUGAUGAUUUUAAUAAUAAAUUAUGUUUAACUGAAGAAAAUAGAAAUGAAUUUAAUUUAUUAAAGAAUAAUAAUAUAAUUAUUGGAAAAUAUUUCUUAUCAUUAUAUUAUUAUAAAGAUAUUAUUAUUUUCAAUACCAUCAAUAUGAUGAAGAUAUUAAAAGAUAAUGAAUUUAAUAUCGAUAAACAAAUGGAACUACAAGAAGAACAUAUAUGUAUUAAUAAUAAUAUCAUUCAAGAUAGUAUUAAAAAGUUAAAAUCAGAAGAAAAUACAAAUUAUAAUAUGAAUAAUUCAAUUAUUAAUAAGAAAAAAAUAAGUAAAAAAGAGUUUGAAAAUAUUAAACAAUCCGCUUUAAAAGGUAAUUCAAAGGCACAAUAUAAUUUAGGAAUUUGUUAUAUGGAUGGAAUAGGAACAACAAAAAAUAAAAUUAAAGCUUUUGAAUGGUUUUUAAAAUCUGAAAAUAAAUAUACAAUUAAUAAAAAUAAAAAUGAUGAAUUUAAUUUAAAUUUAAAAUUAGCUAUAUCAGGUAACGCUGAUGCACAAAAUAAUUUAGCUGAUUAUUAUGAAAAUGGUAAAAUAAUAAAUAAAAAUGAAAAGAAAGCAUUUGAAUGGUAUUUUAAAUCUGCUAAAAAUGGAAAUUCUUUGGCUCAAAAUAAUUUGGCAACUUUUUACUUAAAUGGUAUUGGAAUAGAUAAAAAUGAAAAGAAAGCAUUUGAAUGGUAUUUGAAAUCUGCUGAAAAUGGAAAUUCUUUGGCUCAAAAUAAUUUAGCAAUUUGUUAUUUAAAUAGUAUAGGAAUAGAUAAAAAUGAAAAGUUAGCAUUUGAUUGGUUUUCAAAAUCUGCUUCUAAACAAAAUAAUUUAGCAGAAUUUAAUUUGGCAUAUUGUUAUUUAAAUGGUAUUGGUACAAUUAAAAGUAAAAAAAAUGCUUUCAAUUUGUAUUUAAAAUUGGGUAACUUAGGACAAAAAGAUGCUCAAAAUAAUUUAGGUUAUUGUUAUUAUUAUGGUGUAGGAACACAUAAAUCAUAUUAUAUAAAUGACGAUGUAUUUAAAUCGUUUUUUGAAUCAGCAAGUAAAGGUUGUGAUGUAGGUAAAUUUAAUUUAGGUUAUUGUUUUAAGAAUGGUAUAGGUAUAGAAAAAGAUGAAGUGUAUGCAUUAGAAUCAUAUCUGGAAGCUGCUGAAUCAGAAAAUUCAAUGGCUCAAAAUAAUUUGGGUUAUUGUUAUUAUUAUGGUAUAGGAACAAAUAAAAAUGAAAAGGAAGCAUUUGAAUGGUAUUUAAAAUCAACAAAAUCAGGAAAUUUAAUUGGACAAAUCAAUUUGGGAAUCUGUUAUCUAAAAGGUAUAGGAAUUGAUAAAGAUGAAGUGAAGGCUUUUGAUUUAUAUUCGAAAUCUGCUCAUGCAGGAAAUGGUUUGGCACAAAAUUUCUUAGCAACUUGUUAUUUAUAUGGUAUUGGAAUAAAUAUUAAAGAUGAAAAAAAAGCUUUCGAAUGGUACUUAACAUCUGCCUUUACAAAAUGUGAUAAAGGACGUUAUAAUUUAGGUUAUUGUUAUGAAAAUGGUAUUGGAACUUGUAAAGAUGAAAAAGAAGCAGCUAAAUGGUAUUUAAAAUCUGCUAAAGCAGGAAAUUUAAUGGCACAAAAUAAUAUAGCAAAUUGUUACUUAAAUGGUAUAGGAAUAGAUAAAAAUAAUAAUAAAGCAUUUGAAUGGUAUAAAACAUCUGCUGAAAAAGGUUGCAUUUUAGGUCAAUAUUAUUUGGGUUAUUGUUAUGAAAAUGGUAUCGGAACAGUCAAAGAUCAAAAGAAAGCAUUUGAAUGGUACUUUAAAUCUGCUGAAGGUGAAAAUCCGAAAGCACAAAAUGAUUUAGGAGAUUGUUAUCAUUAUGGUAUAGGAACAGAUAAAAAUGAAAAGGAAGCGUUUGAUUGGUAUAUGAAAUCAGCAAUUGCAGGUUGUGCAAAAGGUCAAUGUAACUUAGGUUAUUGUUAUGAUAAUGGAAUAAAUACCAAUGUAAAUAAUGGGAAAGCAUUUGAAUGGUAUUUAAAAGCUGCUGAAUCAGGAAAUGCAAGUGCACAGAAUAAUUUGGGAUUUUGUUAUCAGUAUGGUAAAGGAGUAAAAUUAGAUUAUAAAAAGGCAUUCGAAUGGUAUACGAAAUCUUCAAAUAAUGAAAAUGCAUAUGGUUAUUUUAAUUUAGGUGAAUGUUAUUAUGGUGGUAUCGGAAUUGAUAAAAAUCUUGAAGAAGCAAUUAUUUGGUAUAAAAAAGCCUUAAAUAAUGGAAUAAAAAAUGCGGAAAUUAAAUUAAAUAAUAUUUAUUCUCUUUAUAAAACUAAACUUACAAUUGAAAAAAUUGAAAGAAUAGAAACAUCCUAAAUAUCCUAAAUUCUUUACCUUUAAUACUACUUAUAUAGAUGUUUAAAAUUUUUUUUUAUUAUUAUUCUAUUUCUGUUUUUCUAUUUUUAAUAAAGAAUGUUUAAAAAUUUUUUUUAUUAUUAGUCUAUUUUGUUUUUCUAUUUUUAAUAAAGAAUUUAAUAUAAGACGUUUUAGGGGACCUCACCUGG